CUUCACUUGACGUCUAGUCUCUCUGUUGGGGUGCACACGGAUUGACCACUCCUUUGGGCUUUUCUUUUAUCCUUGGAUAUUUGGGGGGGAAAAGCUAAUCCACAAACAUGACUGACGCGCAACAAGAGGCCCGCUCCUACCUGAGCGAGGAGAUGCUGGCUGAGUUCAAGGCCGCCUUCGACAUGUUUGACACCGACGGUGGCGGUGACAUCAGCACCAAGGAGUUGGGUACCGUGAUGAGGAUGCUGGGCCAGAACCCAACAAGAGAGGAGUUGGAUGAGAUCAUCGAGGAAGUCGAUGAGGACGGUAGCGGUACCAUUGACUUCGAGGAGUUCUUGGUCAUGAUGGUGAGGCUGCUAAAGGAGGACCAGGCCGGCAAGAGCGAGGAAGAGUUGGCAGAGUGCUUCCGCGUGUUCGACAAGAACGGCGACGGCUACAUCGACAGAGAGGAGUUCGCCCUCAUCAUCCGCAGCACCGGCGAGCCCAUCACAGAGGACGAGAUUGAUGAGCUGAUGAAGGAUGGAGACAAGAACGCCGACGGCAUGCUGGACUUUGACGAAUUCCUCAAGAUGAUGGAGAAUGUGCAGUAAAACCAGAAAGACUCAUGGACAUUCCUCCUCCCACCCCCCCUCCGUGAACCCCCGUCCAUCUGACCCCCAUCGAGCCACUCAAACCACCCUCCACACUCCCUCUCCUCCUUCCCGUCCACCUGGUUCACUGCCUCUCUUCUCCAUCCUUACAGGCAUCCUCAACAGACAGCUAGGGCACCUGGCAGGGGUCGCUGGCUGGGCUACACUCUUCCCCAGCCUCGCUUGUGAAUGCAUACAGCCCUUGAAUGCAUUGAAGAAAUUAACUGCACAAACCCUUUGCAUUUCAUUAACAGGCGCGUGUCAUCAGUGACCCCCUCCCCCCAUUGCUGGUGAAGCUAAUCUGAUCUAGAAUCUAGUCUAGAUAGAACGGCAGCCUGUUGUCUGCUGCUUAGACCAAUUAAGUCAACCAAUUCACUGUACAAAGUAAUUUGCUUGGACAGAAUAAAUGAACUAACUCAUGCUCACUUGUA